ACUGGCCCCCGGAUCAUUACCUACACAAAUAAUUAUUUAAUUGAUAUUGAUGAUUUUAUUUAUUUUUUAAGAAAAAUAUAACACGUAGAGCGAGCGAGCGAGCGAGGGAGAGAGAGAGAGAGAGAGAGAAUGUGUUGAAUAUUUCCAUCUCUGUCGUGCGAGUGGUGACGCAUUAUUUUAGUCGAGAGCGAGACGGAACCCCUUUUUCUUUUCCAUUAAUUUGUUUUUAAUUCAAUGGAAUUUAUUAAUUAUUACUUAAUAUAAUAAUAACAUAAUAUAAAAAUAUAUAGGUACUUAUUUUAAAGUAAAAUCAUCAACGAUACUCCGUCUCUGUCGCACUAGCGCUCGCACACGCGAGAGUGAGAGAAGACAUGGCCCCCCCGCUGCCGCCCGCCCCUCGUUCGCUUUACGAAUGAUAUAAAAGUCAGGCUCUGCCUAGUUUCGGGCACAGUCUCGUUCGAGUAAUCGUCUCUCGCACACACUAUCGGUGUGCGCACGUGUAAAUCGAAACCACUGAACCAAAUCAAGCAAGAUGACCGGUCGCGGUAAGGGAGGAAAGGGUCUGGGAAAAGGAGGCGCCAAGCGCCACAGGAAGGUGCUCCGUGACAACAUCCAGGGUAUCACCAAGCCCGCCAUCCGUCGUCUCGCUCGCAGAGGUGGCGUGAAACGUAUCUCCGGUCUGAUCUACGAGGAGACGCGUGGUGUGCUGAAGGUGUUCCUUGAGAACGUGAUCCGUGACGCCGUCACUUACACGGAGCACGCCAAGAGGAAGACCGUCACCGCCAUGGACGUCGUCUACGCUCUGAAGCGUCAAGGUCGCACCCUGUACGGUUUCGGUGGUUAAACCAACCGCUGCCGCUGAAUCGUCGUCGUGUGGCGCAUCAUCAUCGCCGCGCUGCUUGUUGUUGGCGCAACUACGACGCUACGAGGAUGAUCGCAAAACGAUCACAAAUACACAAAAGGCCCUUUUCAGGGCCGCACAAAUUUCGUUAAUUAUAAUGACUGUUUCUAUCGAAGACUUUACACAAUAAUAAUUAACUACCUAUAUUAUAUUAAUAAUUCCUGUUAUUGCUCUCACAUGGCAUGGCACACCUCGCGCACACACACGCAUAAAUUUAUCCUAUCCUAGGUGCCGCCAGCACAUAAAUACAUACAUAUAAUAUACCUACCUGCCUGUACUAUGCAAAUAAGAAGAGUUUGAGAAAAUAAAUGUAUGUACUUCUUUCAUCGUCAUUACACAAUAUGUUAGGUUAGGGGGGCACGGGAAUGGAAUGGAUAGGUAAAUUAUUAUUGUUGAUGUCGAAAUUUGGAACGUUUCAAUCGGGGCUAUGGAAUAAUAUUGUGGAAAGUAUAAAAAUGGGGUUUUGUAAAAAAAAUAUAUUAAAUAAGUCAAACAAAUUUUAUUUGUAAUAACAAUUACUAUAAAUAAGUGCGUCAAUGUCAUAAAACGUCUUUAGAGUAGGUACAUAAUUAUACAUUAUACCAAUGUUUCAUUUCAUAUUAUCACUCAUAUAGAUUAAAUAAUACAACAGCAAAAUUUAUGUGAAAAUAAUAAAUAGAUAUUAUAAUAAAAUAUUACUGUCGCACCUGUGACCAGCCUCGUCGUUGGUGGAUUCGAUUCGUUCGCCAUCAAUCUGCGGCGGCAGCGCGGCACCGCGUAGGUACCACACUCCUCCGUCC